AUGGAACAGAAAGCCCGAACUAGCCGGCGAAACCCCCGUGUUGUCGUCAUAACAUCCGGCAAAGGUGGAGUUGGAAAAACCACCACAACUGCCAAUGUAGGCCUCUCCUUAGCUCGCCUUGGCUUCUCCGUCGUCACAGUUGAUGCUGACGUAGGUUUGCGCAAUUUAGACCUUCUGUUAGGGUUAGAAAACCGCGUAAAUUAUACUCUUGUUGAGGUUAUGAAUGGGGAUUGUCGGUUAGACCAAGCACUUGUCCGCGACAAGCGUUGGUCUAACUUUGAAUUGUUGUGCAUUUCUAAACCCAGGUCUAAAUUGCCACUUGGUUUCGGUGGGAAAGCACUUGUUUGGCUUGUUGAGUCUUUGAAAUCGCGGCAAGAAGGGUGCCCAGAUUUCAUUUUGAUUGAUUGUCCAGCUGGGAUUGAUGCAGGGUUUAUUACUGCGAUAACCCCAGCCAAUGAGGCUGUUCUGGUAACAACUCCUGAUAUUACUAGCUUGCGUGAUGCAGAUAGGGUUGUAGGGUUGUUAGAAUGUGAUGGCAUUAGGGAUAUAAAGAUGAUUGUUAACAGGGUUAGGACGGAUAUGAUUAAGGGGGAAGAUAUGAUGUCGGUGUUGGAUGUGCAAGAAAUGCUGGGGUUGGCAUUGUUGGGUGUGAUUCCGGAGGAUACAGAGGUGAUUAGGAGUACUAAUAGAGGGUAUCCACUUGUUUUGAAUAAGCCGCCUACGUUGGCUGGAUUGGCUUUCGAGCAAGCUGCUUGGAGACUUGUUGAACAGGAUAGUAUGAAGGCUGUUAUGAUGGAAGAAGAGCCAAAGAAACGCGGGUUUUUCUCAUUCUUUGGUGGAUAG